UGAACUUUUACGGUUAAGUUUAAGACACAUCUGAUUACAUAGCAGUGUUUACAAACAACAAUCACCUUGUUUAACACGUGUGUCAACCAACCAAACAUGAAAUUAAAGAUGGAAAAGCCGUUUAACAAAAAAUUAACGAGAAAAUUACUUGUGGAAGAGGAUGGAUUUAUUUCUAAAGUUUUCGCUGGAAUGCCGCUACCUGCACAAGAAAUCGUUGCCCUAAAUCACGAGUCAUUUUUACAGUACAGAAAUAAAUUUCAAAGAAAAGAGUUUGGAGAACCUCAUAAGAAAGCCAAAAACUUUGAAGAAUUGCAAGCUAAAAUUGAUGAAUUAAAAGGCAAGAAACUGAAUUAUAAAGAAAAGCUUAUGAAAAAAGGCUUAAAGAACAGGAUUCAGAAAAAAGCAAAGAAAGAUCAGAGGCAAAAGGACAAACAGCGAGCUAGACUGGAACAAAAGUCUGUUCAGGCGUCUCAAGCUCAAGGCAAAGAAGAUGAUGAGGGAGAAGAUGAAAAACCUAAAAUUUCAAAACCACAGAAACCAAUAUUCAAUUCGCAGGGACACAUGGUAUUUAGUAAAUUUGACUUUUCGGAUAUUGGGACCAAAAAGAAGCCUGUCAAGACUGAAAAAGAUCCAAAAAAGCUUCUGGAACACUUGACUGAGAAGAAAAAAAAGUUAAAGGAACUCAUACAGUCUGGUGAUAAAGAAAAAGCUUUAGAAAUAAAAGAAAAAGAUGCUUGGAAGGCAGCAUUAGCCAAAUCUACGGGAGAAAAGGUCAAAGAUGAUCCAGAGCUUCUAAAGCGUACAAUAAAAAGAGAAGAACAGAGGAAAUUAAAAAGCAAAAGGAAGUGGGAAGCUAGAAAUGAAAAAACACAGGCUGGUAUCCAAGAAAGGCAACAAAAGAGAUCAGAAAAUAUAAUGAAGAGAAAAAAAGACGUGAAAAAAAAUAAAUUGAAAAAGGCAUCUAAAAAGGGUCGUAUAAUUCCAGGUUUCUAGGGUAAUUAAAUCUUAUAUUUAAUUUAGGAAUUGAAUUAUAAAUA